AUGCGUCUGCUAAGUCAUGAUUAUAGGUACUCGGCAGAGAAGACGACCUGUGACGCGUUGGAGGCAACCGAUUCCUGGAAGAAACUCAAGGCGGGUUUGAAGAGCUUCUCUUUGGAAUUCGCGACAUCCCAUCCCAUGACGACGCACUGGCUUGCCGACAUGGAAGAUGAAGAGCUCAAGACCAUCAGCGGGAAGGUCAAUUCGGUCGUCAUGCGGAGGGCUGGAUCCGGUGUUGUACGAAUGGAUGCACCAAGUGGUUUCCACCUUGCUUUAUCUGGUCCCCAGCAUAUCCUACCACGCUCGACUGCUGCCAUGUCUUCAGACGAGAUUGUCUGGCAGGUCAUCAAUCAGCAGUUCUGCUCCUUCAAGCUCAAGACUACCAAGGAGAAGAACUUCUGUCGCAACGAAUACAACGUCACGGGUCUUUGCAACCGCCAAUCCUGUCCCCUCGCCAACUCCCGCUAUGCCACCGUCCGCGCCCAUCCCGAGUCCGGCACCCUCUACCUCUACAUGAAGACGAUCGAGCGCGCGCACAUGCCCAGCAAGCUCUGGGAGCGCAUCAAGCUGUCGCAGAACUACCAGAAGGCGCUGGACCAGGUUGACGACCGCCUGAUCUACUGGCCCAAGUUCCUGGUACACAAGUGCAAGCAGAGGCUCACGCGCCUAACGCAGGUUGGCAUCCGGAUGAGGAGCAUUGCGAAGGAGGACGAGCGUCUGGGUGAGAAGCUCGUGCCGAACAUGGCGCCGAAGGUGCGCAGACGGGAGGAGACGAGGGAGAGGAAGGCGUUGAGUGCCGCCAAGGUUGAGAGGGCUAUUGAGAGGGAACUGAUUGAAAGGUUGAGAAGUGGCGCUUAUGGUGACCAGCCCUUGAACGUCAGCGAGUCCAUCUGGAAGAAGGUGCUGAAGGGCCUUGAAAGAGGUGGGGAGGGCACCAGAGAUGAGGAUAUGGAUGAGGGCAUUGAAGAGGAUGAGUUCGAGAAUGAAGCGGAGUUUGAGGACGAGGAGGGUGUCGGUCAGGUUGAAUACGUCAGUGAUCUUGACGAGGACGAAGAGGACCUGGGAGACCUCGAGGACUGGCUAGGAAGCGAGGAAGAGGCCGAGACUGGCGAGGAAGAUGAAGGUGACGACAGCGAGAGCGAGAGCAGCCAGGGUGAAACGGCCAAGAAGCUCAAGAUGCCCGGGAAGCGGAAGAGAGGCGUGGACCCGAAAGCCAAGUCCCAGCUCAAAAAAGCCCGCAGGGAAAUCGAGAUCGAGGAGGAAUUCGAGGCACCACCGCGAGAGCUGGCAUUGGUGCGAGCUUAA